CCCCACCUCUCUCUCUCUCCACGCUCACUUUCUCUCUCUACAACUCUAUUUUUAUCUUUGUUGCUUUCAGUUUCAUCCCCCAUCACUGUUUCUCUCUUUAGCUUCACUUUCAACUUACCAGUGAACCCCCUCUACUCCAUAAAUAGCCUGAACUACACACACUAUCCUCUCACUCCAACACACCUUUAAACCCAAAGAAAUAUUGGAUUUCUAUAAUUCGCAUACAUAUAAUCAUAUAUAUAUAUGUGUGUGUGUUUAUAUACAUAUACAUUUGUAAGUUUGAAUGACCUUUGAGUUUUGAAAAUGGAUCCUCCAAUAAUCAAUGAAACUUCGUUCUCGGCGGCGAAUCCUUCGUCGUACAGUUUGACUGAGAUUUGGCCGUUUUCGAUCAACGGCAACGGCGGGGUAGGUGAACCGAGUGGAGGUUUAGGUUUGAGAAUGAGCAAUUUGAGUGGAUUUGCGGAGGCAUCAUUGAAUCGAGAUGUUUCUGUCGACGAAUCGACGGUGACGGAGCAGAGUGGGAGUAGAGGUGGUGGCAAUGGUGGUGGGAGGAAGCGGAGGGAUGCCAAUUCAGAGGAUGAAUCUUCGAAGAUUGUUUCCACCAGCAGUGGCAAUCAUUUGAAUGAUUCCAAUGGUAAACGGAUGAAAAAAAUAUUGGGAUCCAAAGAGGAAAAUGGUGCUUCAAAAUCUGAAGUGGAAGGGAGUUCAGGGGCGGGGAACAAGCCAGCUGAACAAAGCACGAAACCUUCUGAGCCGCCUAAGCAAGAUUAUAUCCAUGUGAGAGCAAGAAGGGGUCAAGCUACUGAUAGCCACAGUCUGGCAGAGAGAGCCAGGAGAGAAAAAAUUAGUGAGAGGAUGAAGAUUCUGCAAGAUUUGGUCCCUGGAUGUAAUAAGAUUAUUGGGAAAGCACUUGUCCUUGAUGAGAUAAUUAAUUACAUCCAGUCAUUACAGCGUCAGGUUGAGUUCUUGUCAAUGAAGCUUGAAGCAGUUAAUUCGAGGAUGAACCCCAGUAUUGAAAGUUUUCCUUCAAAAGAACUUGGAGCACCGUCAUAUGCUACCGGGAUGAUUUUUGGAUCACAAGCAACAAGGGAAUAUGGUCAAGGAUCGCAACCCGAGUGGCUUCAUAUGCAGGUUGGUGGUAGCUUUGGUAGUGCCACAUGAUUUGUGUACCUCACUAAUUGGCAGCUAGGAAACCAAGCAGCAUAUUAUUCAGUUAAUCAUAAUUAAUCAGAAGGGACAUCUGUCACUGGUUUCUACAUCUAGUGCAGAUCUUUCCUAUAUAUAUAUAUGACCAUUUGUAAUCAUGAAAUACUGUUCUAUAGAAAAUUGCAUUUGUAUAAUCUAACUUAAUUAUCUGUAUUUUGUUGUAUUAGUAUCUAAAAACAGUCUUAAUGUGAAUUUAGUACUUGUACUCGGAGAACUGCUUUUCAGAAUUCAUAUUCUCCUCCUCUUCAUUGUCUUGUUAUGUUAUCAGUUUUUAUAUGAAUUCCAGAGCUAAAAUGGAAUGAUUAUGAAACAACUUUUAAUUA